UACUAAGAAGAUUACGUUUAGAGGUUUACUAGAAGUGAGAACAUUUUGUCUCUCAGGUACAAGGAAUUUUAUGAUGUAUUCAAAGAAUCGCUGUGGUAUACUGACAUCCUUCCUCUGAAAUUUAGUGUUCCUCUCUCCACCCACUGUCCCCACCCAUCCUACUUCUUCCUGCCUGAAGAGAAAGAGGGACAGAGACGGACAGAGGGAACAUAAUUAAAAGCAGACACCUUUAAGAUGCCUUGGAGAACUGUAGUAUUUUACUCUUUUUCUUCAGCGGACCGUGGCGGACUUAAAACAUUUAUAUGAGGCCCAUUUACAAAGGUAAGCCUGAAAAAAAAUACAAGACACUAAAGCUUCUGGGACUGUGUUUUGUGCUUCUGCUGUUGGGUGUUUGGGGUUGACAACUUGUUGGAGCAGGUUUUUCUUCUUGUCAGGUGAGUAAUACUAAUUGUUCAGUGUGAAUGCUGGGCUGUGCUCGACACGCCAGCACGGCCUUUUGUCUUGUGGCAAUCGGAAGAGACGCUUUUUGUACAAAACUAAUAAUUUCUGAAAAACCAAAACUGUUUCCUGGUGUCAGCUGUCUAUCUUGCAAAGGUACAAUUAGUUUUAGUGGAUGAGGUGGGAGGAGAGGGGGAAACAAAAGGAUCAAAACUAGAGUCAUCUUAGUGAUAUUGACGCUCAACUUUUUUUUUUAAAGUGCGGGAUUUCCUGAAAAGACAUGAGGGUGCAAACUCUCCCAAGAGCGCAAAUUUUGCAGGAGUUUAAUUUGCAGUGCCAGGCAUUGGCUGCUAAUAGCUACAGAGGCUUUAAACAGGAGUUUGAGGAGCUCAGUGAAGUUGGAAAAGAUCUCCCCACCAGGGCUGGGGACUCUGAGGUCAACAGGGAAAAGAACAGAUACCCAUUCAUUUUACCGUAUGAUCACUGUCGGGUCAGGCUCUCUGUUCAAAACUCCUAUCCACACACGGACUACAUCAAUGCAAACUUUGUGCCUGGUGGAGGAUCAGAAAGAGACUUCAUUUGCACCCAGGGUCCUUUGCCCAACACCAUAGCUGACUUCUGGAGGAUGGUGUGGGAGCAAAACGUCAGGAUUGUUGUCAUGGUGACAGCUCUGAAACACAAGGACAUAGUUUUCUGUGACAAGUACUGGCCACUGGACCCAGGGACAGUUUAUCAUGGACUCAUCCAAGUCACAACAGUGACUCGCAAACAAGGGCCAGAUUAUUUUAUCACCACCAUUAACCUCCGGCAUAGAGACUGUCCAACAGACAGGAUAAUCACACACUAUUACUACCCCUCCUGGCCUGACAGGGGAGUCCCUAAGAGCCCAUCUACUCUCUGCGUCUUCACUGAGCAUGUGCGGCAGCAUUUGGAAACCAUUCCUCGUCUGGGACCGGCUGUGGUGCACUGCAGUGCAGGUAUUGGCCGGACAGGAACAUUUGUAACACUGCUCUGGCUGCAACAACUGUGUGCGAGGGGUAUCCGGCCUGAUAUCAAGGCUGCUGUGCAGGACCUUCGUCUGCAUCGAAUGUGGAUGGUCCAGACUCUGGAGCAGUACGUGUUUGUUCAUCAGUGUCUGUUACACUGGCUCAGUGGAGGAACCUCAGCAUGGAGCUCACAGAUCCAGAGAGCCAGUUUAAAUGCCAACAACGACAUCCAGGAUCGGCCUAAGAGCUCCUCAGCACGGAGAGCGCGAUCGGGGAGGAGCCACCGUCACCAACCCCGACAGAAACCUGCAGCUGACCCACCACAGAACACAAUGCAGCAGAUUUUAAACCCGGGCAACCUACUGAGGCGAUUACUUCCUUCCUCUUCACUGUUCAAUCCAGCCACACACUUCAACUGAACAGGCAUGCUGGAAGAUGUAUAUAUGUAAAGAAAGACUACAUAAAUAAUUUUGCCAUCAUACAUCAGCUCACAGAAGGACGUGUAUACUGUAUGCGGUCGGGCCCUGCAGGCAGAAAACUGGCCUGACAACAUGGAGAUAAAAGAGCAGCUUCUAUCGUCAUUAGAAGAGAAUGAAUUCAAGGAAGAAGAAAUCAGGUCAAACCUGUUACCCUACUUAUCCUGGCAAAAAAAUAUUGAGGCUGGUACCUGUAUAUACUGGCACAUACUACAAGUUACUGACAAAAUAUUUAAUGUUAGCACAGCAUGUCUUUCUAUCUCAUUUUUAAAGUUUUUAUUUUUAUUGUGACUACUGAUAAAGUGCCAUUGUAAGAUGA